AUGGCCCCAGCACCAAUGGACAGAGAGCUAGCAAGAUUUACCGCUACCCUACUGUCCCCAAAGAUCGAGAGCAUGCCACUCCCUGUCGGAUUCCACCAACCAAAGUUCACACUGUACGAUGGCAAAACGGAUCAGUACAUGCACGUGAGUCAUUACUGGCAAGUAAUGGCUCCCCACCAGCGCAAUGACACCUUGAUGUGUCUUAUAUUCAUAGCAAGUUUGGGAGAAUUGGGCCUGAAGUCGUUUGAAAGACUCCCAGAGGGGAGCAUCGAGGGGCGGCAACAACUAGCAGAGGGCUUUGUCACUAGAUUCAAAACCAACACUCGAACACCGAAGGAGGUUGACCACCUCCUGAGCGUCAAGAUAGAAUCUGCAGGUUCUUUGAAAGCAUACAAUGCCAAGUAUUGGGAAACUUACAAUGAGAUCCUCGAUUGCCCCACCAAUCUGGCGAUCGCACAAUGCGAGCGAGGUCUCCCAGUUGGAUAUAAGUUACGAGAUUUGCUUACGAUGGACCAGCCCACAACCAUGGAGUCCUUGAUGCAGCAGAUCAACAAACAUAUCUGA